AAAAUGCCACUAUUAUUAUUAAAAAAAAAAAAGGAAAAAUUGUUUCUUUAAAUGAAGGAAUUCCAUUAUUAAAAAAAAAAAAGAAUUUUUAGUAUUUAUCAGAGAUACAUAUCCCAAUAGCCAUGGUGAAGUUUUUUUUCUUUCUUAUUUCCAAAUAAGAAAACAAAAAUGGAUUAAUGUUUGUGUUUGGCUGGCUGUAUAUUCUUUUUAAUGUUUGGAUCUGUAUUUCUCUACGGAAGCCACCAUAGCUAGAGACGGCUCUCUCUUUCUUUCUCUUGUUUUACCCUAAAUACACAUGCUCAUUUCUUUUUCUACUUAAAGCUUCUCCCUUUGCCAUAACCUUUCCUCAAAGCCUCUCUCACUCACUCUCUCUCUCUCUACUCCACUCUUUUAUUUCUCUUCUCAUCGUUAUCGCUUUCUGGGUUUUGUUCCAAAAGGAAGAUGCUUAUGGGGAAAAAGCUUGAUUCUUUGAUAUAGCCCAUUACAAAAGGCUUCAUUUUGAUGAUAUAUUUCUGGGUUUUACAGACUAUCUUUCUUGAGGUCUUUCAAUGGCAGAUAGGUUUGACUGUGUUAACUCAAACCUUCUCUGUGAAGAGAAUACCAAUACUUGCUUUGAUGAUGAUCUUGGUUGUAAUAAUGCCACGGAUGAGUUUGGGGUAUCAUCUCCUUUGAUGCCCCAACAACCAAAGAAAAGAAUCCAUGAUCAAGAACCAAGUUUUGACCUUGAUAGAUCCGAACCUUUGAUGAGUUUUCCAUUACAGAGUGAUGAGAUUAUCCGUGCAAUGGUUUUAAGGGAGAGUGAGCAUUUGCCAAGAGCUGAUUACCUCAAGAGACUGCGCAGUGGAGACUUGAACUUGAGCGUUAGAAGGGAAGCUCUUGAUUGGAUUUGGAAGGCUCAAGCUCAUUACUGUUUUGGACCCAUGUGUAUCUGUCUAGCUAUGAACUAUUUAGACCGGUUCCUUUCACAUUAUGAAUUGCCUAGAGGUAAAGCGUGGACUGUACAAUUGUUAGCUGUAGCUUGUUUGUCAUUGGCAGCAAAAAUGGAUGAGACUAAAGUGCCUCAGUCUGUGGAUUUGCAGGUUGGAGAUCCCAAGUUUGUGUUUGAAGCUAUAACUAUACAAAGAAUGGAGCUUUUAGUGUUGAGCACCCUGAAAUGGAGAUUGCACACUUCUACUUCCUGCUCAUUCGUUGACUAUUUUCUCAGCAAGAUCAGUGAUGAUCAGCAUCCAUCAAUGUCAUCCAUAUGCCAAUCAGCACAACUCAUAUUGGGCACAAUUAGAGGAAUUGACUUCUUGGAAUUCAAACCUUCUGAAAUUGCUGCAGCGGUGGCAAUUUCAGUUUCAGGAGAAGUAAAAGCAGUGGACAUAGAUAGGGCCAUCUCCUCUUUCACGCUAGUACAAAAGGGGAGAGUUUUGAAGUGUCUUGAACUGAUCAAAGACUUGUCUCUGAUCAGUAGAUGCACCACUAAUGGAGUAGUAAGUGGCUCAGCCUCAGUUCCAUCAUCAUCAUCAUUAUCAUCAGUGCCUCAAAGCCCAGUUGGGGUUUUGGAUGCUGCUACAUGCUUGAGCUACAAAAGUGAUGAAUUGACCACAGUUGUGUCAUAUGCAAAAAACUCUUCACACACUAGUCUUGAUAAUAUUAGUCGAGUUACCAAGAGAAGGAAAUCCGGUGAUGAUGCAUUAUCUAAUAAUGUAGGAUUCAAGUCAUGAGAUUUUGCCAAAGUUUUCUCCAACUCAUCACACCACACAACCUCAUUCUCAAUGAGAGUCCAAAUUAGUUUUGGUUGAAUGGGGCUUUUUGGUGUGGUUUUGGAGAUAUUCCAUAUACAAAUCACAAAGAAAGAAAAGAUAAAAGAGAGAGAAAGACAAAGAGAGAGAGAGAGAGAAACAAAAGGAGUGAACAAGUUUUUUUUAUUUUUAUUUUUUUCCCUUUUAAUUUAAACAAACAAAAUAAAUGUGGUGGAAAUGACACAUCAAGAGAAGGUUUUCAUGUUAGGAGCAUGAAAUUGAAGUUUUCCCAGCAGCUACUUUUACAUAAGAACUCCUCUCAGCAUAAGCAUAUAUGGAUAUUUAAAGUGGUGGGGUUUGGUGAUCAACAGUGAAGAACAUAAUGAAAACAUAAAUAAUAGCCAAUUACUUGGUCUUUUCAGAGUAAUACAAAUUUUCUUCUCACAUCUUUCUUCAUUUCAGUGGGAGGGAACAGAAGAAAAUUUUCUCCAAGUUUUGUGAUUUUCUUUCUUCUUCUAUCAAAUAUCAAAUAACACAAUAAACAAUUUUUCUCUUUUUUUUUUUA